GUGUCGGAUGCUAAGGCUUACACUUCAAAUAGAAUUGUCUCGGGCACAUACCAGCCUUAUGAUUGGAUGGACGGUACGGAGCUCAAAACGAUUAACGGAGGAAAACUUAUAAUCUCUCAAACUGCUGAUGCACUCGGAACUGUGAGAACUUAUGUAAAUUGUGUGCCAAUGAACUCAACUAGCAUCCGAACUAAGAAUGGGGUCCUGCAUACGGUGUCUGGUGAUCUGGUACCCGCUGCAGAUACGGUCCUUGCUGCUUUGGAAAGUGAUCCGCGUUUCACGUCGUUUAAGUCCUUAUUGUCUGAUGAUUCACGUCAACUGCUUUCCUCAAACGAGUCAUUCACUGUAUUUGCUCCUUUGGAUAAAGUUUUCUCAUCGCUUCCUGAUUCGCUCCUCUUGGACAUCAAAGAACGAAGAGGAUGUGCUUCAGGUGAAGAACAAGGUCGUGUGAUACCUCCGCCGUUUUGGCAUCCCGGAAGCUCGUUACCUUUGGGACUUGCUGUAAUGCUCAUUGUAAAAAUCAAUCCAUUAAUGAGAAUAGGAUAUUACUAG